GAGCGACUCCUCUCCCCUGCCCGGCGCGUCCCUCCCUCCCCAGCGGCGGCUGCACUCGGCUGCCCGGGCAGAGGCGCCGAGGGUCCGGCCCCAGCGCGCAGCGGAGCCCAUGGAGCCCGGCGGCGGCAAGCGGCAGCGGGACGGAGCAGGCAGAGGCCCGCUCGCCAUGAAGAAGACGCACACAUCACAAAUAGAAGUGAUCCCGUGUAAGAUCUGCGGGGACAAAUCGUCAGGGAUUCACUACGGGGUCAUCACCUGUGAAGGCUGCAAGGGGUUUUUCCGCAGAAGCCAGCAGGGCAACGUGACGUACUCCUGCACCCGCCAGCAGAACUGCCAGAUCGACCGGACCAGCCGCAACCGCUGCCAGCACUGCCGGCUGCAGAAAUGCCUCAGCCUGGGGAUGUCCCGAGAUGCCGUCAAGUUCGGCCGCAUGUCCAAGAAGCAGCGCGACAGCCUCCACGCCGAGGUGCAGAAGCAGCUGCAGCAGCAGCAACAGCAGCAGCAGCAAGGCGGCGAAGCGGUGGCCCCGGCCUACUCCCUGGGCCUGGCUAACGGGCAACUCAAGCUGGCCUCCUCCCCAGACCUGCUGGAGUCCUCAGGCUGCUCCACGGCCCUCCUGAACGGACAGGCGCGGCUGAGCCAGUCUCCGGACGAGACGGCGGCUCUGGCCUACCCCAAUGGACUGGCCAAGGGCCACAGCCGGCUGAGCGACAACUUGCGCGGCCCCUUUGCCAGGGACUACAGCCCCGAGCGGAUCAAGAUGGAGAGCAGGGCCAGCGUCUUCUACGCCCGGGAGAUGCCGGCGUCGCCGGACCUCUCCCGGCUGGACAUCGGCGGGGGCAAGCGGGGCCAGGCCGGGGGCGACGUUGGGGAGACCGUCGACUUCUACACGAGUCCCAACUUCACCAGCAUCCUGGAGUCGCCCAAUUCCUCGGUGACGGAGAUCGAGCACCUGACCCAGAAUGUCCUCAAGUCCUACCGGGAGACCUGCCAGCUGCGCCUGGAAGAUCUGCAGCUCCUGAGGCUGGAGACGUUCUCGUGGGAUGAAGUCAGGAGCUACCAGAAGAAGUCCAUGGAGGAGAUGUGGGAACGCUGUGCCUGCCGCAUCACGGAAGCCAUCCAGUACGUGGUGGAGUUUGCCAAGCGGAUGGGCGGCUUCAUGGAGCUGUGCCAAAACGACCAGAUCGUGCUUCUGAAAGCAGGCGCCAUGGAAGUGGUUCUGGUGCGAAUGUGCCGUGCCUUUAAUUCGGAGAACAGGACAGUCUUCUUCGAGGGCAAAUAUGCAGGCCCAGAGCUCUUCAAAUCGCUUGGGUGCAACGAGCUGAUCGGCUCCAUCUUCGACUUCGCUCACAGCCUGUGCUCGCUGCACUUCUCCGAGAACGAGAUUGCCCUCUUCACCGCCCUGGUGCUCAUCAACUCAAAUCGGCCAUGGCUGCAGGAGAGGAGCAAGGUGGAGAGGCUACAGAAUAACCUGGAACUGGCCUUUAAACACAUGUUACGGAAAACCCACCGGGAAGGCAUCCUGGCCAAGCUGCCGCCCAAAGGGAAGCUGCGCAGUCUGUGUUACCAGCAUGUGGAGAAGCUGCGGUCCUUCCGGCAGAUGUACCCCAUCAUCGUCCACGCUGUGUUCCCCCCGCUCUACAAAGAGCUCUUCAGCUCCGAGUGCGAGCUCCAGGGAGCGGCGGCAGAAUGAUCCCCGUGGGAGGCCGGUGCCCAGAGACCGACUCCCAUCUCGCGCCGGUCUGUCGCCCCUCCACCACCCCGGGAUGGGAGGUGGCAGGGGAUGGGGAGGGUUAGACCAAAUUAGAACCUGCUCCCUCCCAUCCCCUCCCAAACAGCACAGCAGAGGGGUGCGGUGCAGGAGGGGGUGUGGCCAAGUGAUCAGAGCAGACAGCUGGGAGCCAGGACUCCUGGGUUCCAUGCCCGCCUCUGCCACCAACCUGAGCAAGUCACUGCCCCUUUCUCUGGGCCUUGUUCCUCUCCCUUUAAUGCAGGGGGGAGGGAGACCCCCUCCCACACACUCAAUGGAGGUGGUGGGGUGAUGCUUAAACAGCCUCGUGAAGCUCUUUGAGAGUCUCAGCUGGCAGGUGCUACCGAGGCACAAAGUAUUACUGGGGAGACGCCCUGAGCCGAGACCCCAGAGGGGCUGAGAUCAAGGAGCUCGCUAGCUUUUGCUGUAACAUAUUCAGGGCCAAGGAAAAUACACUGCCCACCAUAUUACUCCAGUGACUAGAAUCUAGCGACCGGCCCGGGUAGUUCAAAUACCUCAUUGUUUAUUUUUAUUUUUAUUUGUUUUGGUCUCCUUACAGAUUUGUGGCAGGAGAAUUUUUAACCAAGCUGUUUUAAGAUAAUAAUUGUACAUAACAUAGAGAUCUAUUUUUAAACGUUUGCCUUUACAUCUCUCCUGCAGCACCAGGGGACCAGCCCCCACCCGCCCAAGCUCUUGUAUUUCUUAUUAAUGUCCAGCAAUUGACCAGAAAUUGCAGCUUGGUAGAAAGUUUGCUGCGCACUCUGCUGCCCCCUGCUGGAAAGAAUCCCCAUCCCCAUAAAAUUCUCAGGGUUUCAAACCCAACGAUAUGUUUUUACUCAUAGUAAAAUAUAUAUAGAGAGAGAUAGAUACUGUAUAAAGUUAAUAUAAUAAAAGGCUGGUUUUUAAUGUUAAGGCUAUUUUUGGAAAGCAACAGAUUCUAAUUUUGUUUAAGUAGGGGGCUUUUACUGAGCAGGAGCUGAUGGUUGUUUACAAGGAGAGUGAUUUUCAAAAUCGCCUUUUUCUAAAAGAGCUUUUGCAACCCAAUAAAACGAUUGCUGGGGGGUUGUACCGCUGGGAUUCGGAAGCACAGACACCACGACGGGAGGCCGUCCAUGGACCUCAGCCGGCUCUGGAUCAAGCCAGUAGAUCAUGCAGGGACAUGCCUAACCUCAAGGCCGCGGUCGGUCCCGCUGAUUUCACAGGCCAUUGUCCCAUAGACGCUGCGUGACAUUGCCGUGAGGGGACGGCACUGCUGAGGGUUUGCAGAAUCAAGCCCCACAUUCCUUGUCUAGGCUCUUCCAUUGCGCACGAGCACCGUGGAGCAAACCCCAAAGAAGGGGGGUGUUUGGCCCCCACCCGCUGAUGCUCACCCCACUCACAUGUGCCUCUGACGACGGGACACGACCCCCGGGGGCUGCAACGUAGAGUCCAGCAGCCGACGCGUUUCACUGAGAGGCUGCAGUGAGGUCAGGGCCGGUCUACGCUGCAAGGAUGGGGGGUGGUUGCAGAUUUAACCUUGCUAGCUCGGGUACCCAUAGCAGCCAAGGCAGAGCAGCGUGAGCAGUGACCCACAGUUCUGCACGGGCUUGUACAGCCUGUGCUGCCGUGGCGUCAUUGCCCCGGUACCGCAGCCAGCUAGAGCCGUCAGGGCAGACCCACCCAAAGGGUCUGAGUUCCAGAUGCCCAGCUGUGGCUAGGGGGGUGAAGGGCAUCCCUGGGGAGAGGCAUCAGCACAGACCAGUGUACUGCCCUCCGUUUAGUCUCUGCAUACCUGCCUCUACCUUCGUGUCCGGUUUGCCGCCUCAACCUCUGUCCUGCCCAUGCGAAUCCUUCGCUGUUCGAAGCACUUUGCCCAUCUAGCAGAGAAGCAGGAAAGCUAAAGACGGGGAAAGAUUUGCUGGGUCCCAUCUUCAUCUGCUGCAUCGGCGUUCAUGCCAGGCCUCUCUCUGUCCCUCCCGAGUGAGCCUGGCAGCUCAGCAGCCUGUGUUCUGUAGCUCAGGCAAUGCAGGGACUGGCUUUUAGAUCCAGAGAUGCUACGUUCACCCGCCCGCCUCCAAUAAUCCAUCUGUGUGUCUCAUGUAACAAGCCCCAGAUCUUUGUCCAGCCGAGAUCUAAGCAGCCCAAGCAAUAUUUCUCCUCCCACAGCCCAACCGUUCUGUCCUCGGCUUUUUCUCCGCCUUUUCGCCUUCCUUUCAUCUCAUCUCCUGACUCCUGGACAUCGUCUGGCUCUUUCCAUUUACCCAGCCGGCGUUUGCUGCUGUUUCAGCUGAUGCGGUCCCAUCUUGCAUGAAAAUCCAGGGGCGAGGACACCGCGAGAGCUGGCAAGGGAGCAGAAUUCUUUGCCGGUCUCCAGUCCCAAAGCAGUCGGCUUAAUGAGCCGUCUCCUCUCAACUUGCACUUUUAAGAUUAUUCAGCGAGAGCUUUACAAAAAGGAAGGUUGCACUUCGUUUGUCACCAGAGUCUAAGAAAGGCCUAAUUAACGAUGAGAAACAUGCCUGGACUCCGGGCUGGUUGUCUUGCUGGGUGGGUGCUGGACUCGGAAUUCAUGGAGGAGCUGCUGAUGCUCGCGAGCAUUCGGUAAUGGGCAAACGAGAGCCGCCUGGAAAAUGCCAGUUAUUUAUUGUAGGAAAUUUGUGGCUGUGGCGGGGAAUCAUUCCCCCCCCCCCCCAAAUCCUGAAGUUUCUGAUCAAAAUGUUUCCGUUUUCUAUAGAAAAACCAGCCCCCGCCCCAACUUAGAACCAAACCCACGGAGAUGUUCUUGUUAAAAAUGAUCAGCAACACGAAAAGGGCAAAUUUUGACUUUUAAGACAAAAACACUUGAAUUUUUUGACCAAAAAAUCGUGGUCAAAAGCCAUUUUUUGAAAUUAAAAACAUUGGCCUGGUUCUAAGUGAAGCCGGCUCCAGUAUUACCGUCUAACAGGGCCUUUUUGCCACGAGCGUUUGGUUUUGAAUCGACGCUCGGAUUUAUUUGAUCAUUUCAGCAUUUCAGCGCGUACAGCCUAGAAGACACAGCCCCGUCCGCUGUCAGGGGAAGUCUUCUGCAGUGGCUAGAACUCAGAACUGAGGAGCGCUGGGUUCAAAUCCUGCCUCUACCACAUUCACAGGCAUUGCACACCUGCUGGGGUGGAGCCUGCCUGUCUGCCGUUGCUGGGUGGCCUCUCCACAGCAAAGCAGGGGUGGGUUGGCCGGUUGGUUCCCUGUUGCUGCUGGCAGGUUCUUUGGUGCUGGAUUGGGCCCGAGGUGUAGCCAUGCUGCAGAAGGUUCUGAGCAUCCGUUGAAGUCAAUGGAAGGGGAAAGGGCUCCACCGUCCCUGAAAAUCAGGCUGGGACACAGGUCUAUGCACACAGACACACACAGGGAAUAUUUACAAGUGCCCAAGGGCCUGAUUUUUAAAGGUGUGUGGGUGCCUAACUCCCUUUGAAACCAACAGGUGUUAGGUGCCUAAAUACCUUUAAAAAUCAGGUUCUCAGUGACUUAGGAGCUAAGUCCCAUUUUCAAAAGGGACUUGGGUACUUAGGCCCAGCACUUCAAAGAGAGCUGGGCGCCUAAACACCAUUGGGGAACUGGGCAAACAUCCUCCUGUCCCGCUGGUGUGAAUCAGGAGUCAGUUCUGUUGACGUCCCUGGAGGAACCCCUAUGCAAAACUGGGGCAAGCGAGAUCAGAAUCUGGGUCAUUAAUGGCAGUUCACCCCAGAUUUGUAACAAACACCCAACUCCCUAAGCACUUUUGAACCUUGCACUGUCUGGAUUUCAGAGGAAUUAAAUUGAUCGACCCUCAAAACCAUCUGCCUCUUUAAGAGCAUCACUCCAGACAGUCCUGUUUCCAGCACAGUAAAAGACAAUCAGACCCUCUCUGGCCUUAGGUCCUUUCUGAACAUCUUCUGGCUUGAUCCAUAGCCGACUCUUAACCCAGCAAAACCCAGGGUGUCUGCUUCACCGAGCCGCUAACCGCUUUGCAUUCAUGUCUCGUUUAUCAUUGCUUUUUGGUUGCAUUCUUUUAGUGUAAAAAACCCAAUAAUAAUCCAAGACAUCUAACCCGCACUAUUGUCAUUUUGUAAAAUUGUUUUAAAUAUUUAAAUAUGUCGUCAUGCCAGGUUUGUAAAUAUUUGAAAGUUGUAAUUUUUUUUUAAUAGAGCGAUCAUUCUUUAAAAAAAAAAAAAAAGAGGUUUUAGAUUUUGUUUAAUUUAAUUCAACUGAUGGUGCAUUUUAUUUUGUCUGUUUGUUUGUCGCCCAGGGUUAUAUGUUUACUUGCAAAGGUUUAAAAAAAAAUAUUAUUCAGAAUGCACAUUGUAAUGAAAACGUUAUUGAAAAGUGUCCAGUUUUCUCUGCUAUUUUCAAUAAACUAGGUU